UAAAUUCAUCUUUGGAAUUUUUUUUUAAAUAUUUACAGUAUGCUUUAAUUUAAGACGCUGUUUAUUCAAUAACAAAAAAAAUUAUUUUUUUUAAGGCCACUAGUCAUUAAUACUUAAAUAUUUUUAUUUGUGGGGGAAGAAAAAAAUAAAAUUUUGUCAACAAAGCUUGUGACGUGUGGCCCACGUUUCACUUGUACAGAAGAGGUCGGGAUUUUUUUCUACACUGUCCGGUUGACACAGAAAUAGAUUUUUUGGAAGAUUGCCUCAAUCUGCGAGGGCCGCUUCAUGUAUGCCAGGUCCACAAUACAGUUGACCAACAGUUUUCCGAACCAGGGCCAUGUAGAUACAUUAGAUCACGUUAGAUACUUAAUUUAUAUUUUUUCAAUUUAUUUUAUUACGUUUUUAUAUAAAUUCAUAAGUUCGGUUAAUGUUUCCUCCGGAUAUGAAUGGCCACGCUCCGUCCGAAAAGCGCCGCACUAGGUACGCUCGAUCGUCAACAGUCAGUGUCACCCAAAUGUUAUCAGAUUCUUGUUCUAGUCUUAUUAACCGUAUAACCGGACGAUCUCGUGGUCCAUCCGAGUGUAUCCGUAAACCUGAACUCAAACCUGUCGAAACGUCACGAAAUCAUAAUAUUCCUUCGUCGUCGUCAUCUUCUUCCUAUCUUCCAAGCCCAUUUCAUUCAUCUGGAUAUUCUGUACGUAAUGAAGAUCGUUAUUUAUCCGCCUUAGAUGCCCAUCGUUACCGAAGACAACAGAGGCCUCUCACCAAAAGUGCUACUACAGUUUUGUUAUCAGAAAAAGCUUAUCCGUUUGUUCAUCAAACACCACGCGAAAAAACCCCGUAUCGUCGCCAUAAACCUAACGUACUUUUAUCCAUACGACCAUUAAAACGGUCUCCUACAACUAUCACUGCUACAGUACAUACACCUGAACCUAUAGUACAAACUGUAGACCCUGUGAUAACGGAGCGUGAAGCCAGGCGUAAGGAGAUACAGACAUUGAUUAUGAAAUAUUCAGCCUUGGACAAUGACGAGGAAAAUGAUGAUACUCCUAGUGUUUUGACUAAGUGCCAACAAAAGUAUUCUUCCAUUCUUACCUCUUCUGUGAGCAGCGGCCAGCGAGCAAGAAGUCCAGUCAUUGUGGAUGACGAAGAGGGACAUCUGAUAUACAAAAAUGGAGACAAUCUGGCCGAUAGAUAUCAAAUCAUCCAAACCCUUGGUGAAGGUACUUUUGGAAAGGUAGUGAGUGCCAAAUGUCUGAAAAACCGUGAUGAAAUAGCUGCAGUUAAAAUAAUAAAAAAUGUUGAAAAAUAUCGAGAAGCGGCUCGUUUAGAAAUUAAUGCAUUAGAAAAACUAAACACCAAGGAUCCAGAAAGUAAAAAUCUUUGUGUUAGAAUGAUUGAUAAUUUUGAAUUUGGAGGACAUGUCUGCAUUGGAUUUGAAUUGUUGGGAUUAAGUGUUUUUGACUUUUUGAAAGAAAAUAACUAUCAACCAUACACAGUUGACCAAGUGCGACAUAUAUCUUACCAACUAUGUUAUGCUGUCAGAUUUUUACAUCGCAAUAAAUUGACACAUACUGAUCUGAAACCAGAAAAUAUACUUUUUGUCAAGUCCGAAUAUGAUACACAAUAUAAUCAAAAAAAGCGUGCGUAUAAAAUGAUAAAAGAUACCGAAGUACGAUUAAUUGAUUUUGGUAGUGCCACUUUUGAUGAUGAACACCAUAGUACAGUUGUAUCAACAAGACAUUAUAGAGCACCUGAAGUUAUUUUAGAACUUGGGUGGGCUCAACCGUGUGAUGUAUGGUCUAUUGGUUGCAUUAUUUUUGAACUUUAUUUGGGUAUUACAUUGUUCCAAACACAUGACAACCGUGAACACCUUGCAAUGAUGGAGCGAAUUCUUGGCUCAAUACCUUACAAGAUGGCCAGAAGAAGUAAAACAAAAUAUUUCUAUCAUAGCAAAUUAGAUUGGGACCAAUCCAGCUCUGCUGGAAGAUAUGUUAGAGAAAAUUGCAAACCCUUAAAGAGAUACAUGAGCUCUGAAGAGGAAGACCACAAGUUAUUGUUCGAUUUGAUCUCUCAAUUACUCAAGUAUGAGCCAACUCAACGCAUGACCAUGGAGGAAGCCUUAGACCACCAAUUUUUUUAUAAACUACCUGCUCAUCAAAGACUUCAUGAUAAAGAAGAAAGAUCACAUUCACUGUCAAGAUGAAAAUGUCGUAAUAGCCGUGGUCGCUAAACAUGCUCCUCUGGCUAAAGUGUCUCUUAUUAUUGAGAUAAUAAUUGUUGUUUUUUAUUUUUAACUGCCCUAGUUAAGUUUACCUUAACUAGGAUAAGAUAAUGAAAACGAUAUAUACAUAAUUUGUAUAUAGUUACUUUUGUAAUCAUUUGCAUUAAGUGUUAGUAGAUUUAUGAAGUUUAACUUAAGAUAUUUUUCCCUCCCACGAAUAGAAAUAUUUUUAAUGUGUUCUCAAUGUAUUCAAAAUUCUAUAUUCAUAAUUAUAUGUGUAUACAGGUAACCUAGAAAAAUUAUAAAAGUUUUAUACAUA